GGCGACGGGCUGACAGCGAAAAUGGUGUUAGAUAUUGAAUUAUUCCGUUCCGAUAAGGGUGGUGAUCCAGCCAAGAUUCGGGAAAAUCAAGCAAAACGAUUUAAAGACGUUACGUUGGUCGACAAAGUUAUAGAAUUCGAUACGCAAUGGAGGAAAUUGAGAUACCGAGCAGACCUGUUAAACAAAUUAAAGAAUCUGUGCAGCAAAACUAUAGGAGAAAAAAUGAAGAAAAAGGAAGACCAAGGAACGGAUACCACAAUACCGCAGGAAAUGGUGGAUGAUUUAGACAACCUUAAACCAGAACAAUUAAUGGAACUGACUGUCACAAAGAUCAAACAGGUUCGCAUUUUGAUUGAUGAAAACAUCAAGGAGAAUGAUGCUGGAUUACUGAAGAGUGAGUCUGACAGGAACGAGGCUUUAAAAGAAAUGGGCAACCUUCUACACCCCAGUGUCAUUGUCAGUAAUGAUGAGGAUGAAAAUGGCAUAGAGCGUACAUUUGGAGACUGUGAGACAAGAAAAAAGUACUCCCAUGUAGACCUUGUAGUAAUGGUGGAUGGUGUGGACAGUAAUCGAGGUGCGGUAACAGCUGGAGGGCGUGGCUAUUACCUCAAGGGUCCGUUGGUGUUUCUGGAGCAAGCUUUGAUUAAUCUCGCCAUGGGAAUGCUCCAUACAAAAAACUACACACCACUGUACACACCGUUCUUCAUGAGGAAAGAAGUGAUGCAAGAAGUGGCACAACUAUCGCAAUUUGAUGAAGAACUCUACAAGGUUGUAGGUAAGGGAAGUGAGAAGGCAGAGGAGAGUGGUAUAGAAGAAAAAUACUUGAUUGCAACUUCAGAACAGCCUAUUGCAGCCUACCACAGAGAUGAAUGGAUACCCAAAGAGAGUCUACCCCUCCGUUACCUUGGUUACUCAACAUGUUUCCGACAGGAAGUUGGGUCACAUGGUCGGGAUACACGUGGAAUUUUCAGGGUCCAUCAGUUUGAAAAGGUGGAGCAAUUCUGUCUGUCUUCACCUCAUGACAACAAAUCGUGGGAACUAUUUGAUGAAAUGAUAACAAAUGCUGAAGACUUUAACAAAUUAUUGGGUAUUCCCUACAGGAUUGUUAGCAUUGUUUCAGGUGCCCUCAACAAUGCUGCUGCUAAGAAACUUGAUUUAGAAGCGUGGUUCCCUGCCUCUGGGGAUUUCAAGGAGCUAGUCUCUUGCUCAAACUGUCUGGACUACCAGGCACGUCGCCUCAAGGUCCGAUAUGGACAGACCAAGAAGAUGAAUCAAGAGGCUGAAUACUGUCACAUGUUGAAUGCGACGAUGUGUGCUACAACUCGAGUGAUAUGUGCCAUACUGGAGAACUAUCAGACUGAAGAUGGAGUCCUUGUACCUGAGCCGCUGAAACCCUUCAUGCCUGAAUGUUGGAAGGUGAAAAUCCCAUUUGUUAAACCAGCACCUAUCGAUCAAGAAGAAGGAAAGAAACAAAAGAAACAAAAGGAUGGUCAGAAAAAAUCAGGAAAGAAAGGAGGUGACAACCUAGAAAAUGAUGUACAGAAAAUGAACAUUGACAAAUAGCUUUGUCAUUUUAGACUCUGAUCUUAAUUGCGUUUCUUAUCAUGCAUUUUCUGUGAUGUACUGCUAAUGUAUCACCACAUAUAUCUGGCCAAUAGUUAUCUGGUCACAUAAACUGGAAGUUGCUGCCUGAUACAUUGUCUAGGUGAUUUUACACUUCUCAUUGACCUACCCAUCUGGUGGUCAGGUUGUCACAAAAAUGCCAUCCAAACAGAUGGAAUAUUGACGCAGGGUUCAUACCUUGGAAUCUGUAUACUUGAGAUAUUUGUAUAUUAAUAGUUUGUGACAAGGAAGUAGUCUGUAUGUUUCAAAUUGAAUUGGUUUAGGGACUUAAUUAUCAUUUGUGUUUUUAUAAUCAAGAACAUUUGAAGUUUGUCUUUGUUUCAAAGAGGAAAAAAAAGAAUCUACAUUUUACUUCAUUGUGUGGUGCAAUCUUUUUAAGAUCAAAGUGCUGUUUGUGUAUCAAACUGAUAUUAAAGUCAUAUCCCAGUAUGUGUUACAAUGCUGUCUCCCUUGCUAUUAAACCUGGUAGCAGUCACAUGGAUGUGGGUAAUAAGGACAACAUAGGUCUUCAGCAGUUCAGUAGGUCAUUCUUUUGGAUUGUAUAUCCUGAAUUUGAAAUUAGGAGGUAUUUCAUGAUAAGAUCAAGUGUUUAUCUUCUGGCAAUGUCUAACACUAACACUACUAACUGUAUGUGAAUCUUAUUUUGUUUGCAUGACUUCGCUAACUGUUACAAUGACAAGGUACACUUACUCUUGUUCAGCUUAAAUUCUCCAAUAUGCUACACCAUAUCAUAUCAUGUUACUAACUGAAGUAUUCCAAAGAAAAUAUUGAAUAUUUGAAAUACUGAUAACUGACAAACCUCAUAAGGUAUUAAAUGCGUCUAUAUGUGUUAAUAUCUUUUGCCGUCUUUUUCUGUGUUACACCAACCCAGCUUUGCCAGUCUGUAAGGAAAAACAGUAAAUGUACUUGUGAUGCAAAGACAGGGAAAUAAAUUAUUGACUCUCA